AAAAUGUGAAAUUUGUCGCGUGGCGAUGACGCGAGCAGGCUUUUUUGUCGCAAAGCGCAACACACGAGGACUAGAGCGAUAAUCUUAAACACAUUCAGCCGUCAUGGGGAAACAGAAGAAACAGAAAAAAUAUGCGACCAUGAAAAGGAUGAUCAGUUUGAAGGACCAGAGGAUAAAAGAAAAAGACAGAGCAAAAACGCAGAAGAAGAAGAAAGAAGAUCCCUCGGCCAUUAAAGAACAAGAAAUAGCAAAGUACCCCUCUUGUCUCUUCUUUCAAUACAACACCCAGCUUGGACCUCCAUAUAACAUCCUGGUUGAUACCAACUUCAUCAACUUUUCUAUUAAGGCCAAAUUAGAUGUUGUCCAGUCGAUGAUGGACUGCCUUUAUGCUAAAUGUGUUCCUUGCAUAACUGACUGUGUGAUGGCUGAGCUGGAGAAAUUAGGCAUGAAGUAUCGAGUGGCUUUGCGGAUUGCCAAAGAUCCUCGCUUCGAUCGCUUGCCUUGUUCACACAAAGGAACAUAUGCGGAUGACUGCUUGGUGCAGAGAGUAACACAGCACAAGUGUUAUAUCGUGGCCACGGUGGACAGAGACCUGAAAAGGAGGAUUCGGAAGAUCCCAGGAGUCCCCAUCAUGUACAUCUCCAACCACAGGUAUAACAUUGAGAGAAUGCCGGACGAUUAUGGAGCACCACGGUUUUAGCACACUGAUUUUUUUUUCUUUUUUCUUUUGGUAAUAAAAAGAUUUACCUGUAAAAUGUAUUCAGUGCUCCACAAUAAAGACUUUGGCUGGCCGAA